GACCGUGAGAGGGUUCAGACCACCAGAGAAGCCGAAGCACAAUGGAGGACUCGACAGGCAGGCCGACCAAGAAAACAGUAGCAGUGGUGGGCGGUGGUUUGGUUGGGGCACUGAAUGCCUGCUUCUUUGCCAAAAGAGGCUUCAAGGUGGAAGUCUUUGAAACCCGGGAAGAUAUCCGGCAAGCCGAAGUCGUGAAGGGAAGAAGCAUCAACCUGGCUUUGUCUCACAGGGGCCGGCAAGCACUGAACAAGGUUGGGAUUGAGGACAAGAUUGUCUCCAAGGGGAUCCCUAUGAAUUCAAGAAUGAUCCAUUCUUUGAGUGGAACACAGUCACAGAUUCCUUACGGCAAGAAAGGCCAGUUCAUCCUGUCAGUAGACCGGGCCAAUCUGAACAAAGAGCUGCUCACAGAGGCAGAGACGUACCCAAACACAAACUUGAACUUUGACCACAAACUGCAGGAUUGGAGUGCUGAAACGGGGCAAAUGACCUUUGCCAGGUCAGAUGGGUCCACAGAGCAGAUCAAGGCAGACCUGAUUGUGGGCUGCGACGGAGCGUUCUCUGCCCUCCGCAAGCAAUUCCUCCGCCGCAGCCUCUUCAACUAUAGCCAGACCUACAUUCCCCACGGCUACAUGGAGCUCACGAUCCCACCAAUCAAUGGAGAGUUCGCCAUGAAGCCUAAUCAUCUGCACAUCUGGCCACGGAACACAUUCAUGAUGAUCGCCCUGCCAAACUUGGACAAGACAUUUACCUGUACCCUCUUCAUGCCCUUUGAGGAUUUCGAGAAGAUCACCACAGGCGAUGAAGUCAUCGACUUUUUCCAGAAAUACUUCCCCGACGCCAUACCACUAAUAGGAGUCGAUGCUCUCAAGAAUGAUUACUUCCGAUUGCCCGGGCAGGCCAUGGUGUCCAUCAAGUGCUCUCCGUACCACAUUGGGGACAAAUGCGUCCUUAUGGGCGACGCAGCCCACGCAGUGGUGCCUUUCUACGGGCAGGGGAUGAACGCUGGCUUUGAGGACUGCAUUGUCUUCGGAGAAAUAAUGGAUCAGCUCAAUGAGGAUUUCAGUGCCGUGCUGCCAGAGUAUAGCAGAGUGCGAGUUCCAGACGUCCACGCGAUUGCAGACCUGGCCAUGUACAAUUACAUUGAAAUGCGAGCCCAUGUCAACUCCAAAUGGUUCCUUUUCCGAAAACAUGUUGAUAACCUCCUCCACUUCCUCAUGCCAAAGACAAUUGUUCCACUUUACACAAUGGUCACCUUCACCAGGACAAGGUACCAUGAGGCCAUGGACCGCUGGCAUUGGCAAGACAAAGUGAUAAACCGUGGCCUGCUGUUCACUGCCACAGGAGCUCUUUUGGGAGGCUCCUACCUGCUCAUCAAAAACCCUCCCAAUAUCAGCAAGCUCAUCGUCCCGGCUGAGAAAAUGUGGGACUGGCUUGUGGCCCUCCGGACCCCCUGA